UCGAGGGAGGAAGGCUUCCGGAUCCGGGGGCGAAUUGCAUGGCCCCGGGGCGGAGAGUAGGAGUUUGCAAAGGGGGUUGGGGAGAGACUCGAGGAAAGCGCCCUGUUUGCCUGCCGGGGCUGGACGGAAGGGGCUCCCCAUCCCCUCCGAGGCCGCUUUGCAAAGGCGCCGACUACAUCUCCCAUCACCCCUUGCUCACGGCUUUGCGUGCUGGGAAUUGUAGUCCAAAAAUUAAAGAAGCACAUUCGCAAGGACUAACGGGUUUCCAGGGCAAGCCUUUCCAGGCUGGUUAAAAGGGCUUCCUCUCAGGUGUGAGCUACGCAAGAUGCCGGUCAGCGUGAACGAUGUCAUGCAGCUCCUAUGCCAUGUGUCUGACGAGCGGAAAAUGAGGGCGGCCUUCAAGCAUUCGGGGCGAGGAGCGAUUGUGGCUGGGGCAACUGCUUUCUUGGGAGGCUUGGUGGGCGGCCCUCCUGGCAUAGCCGUCGGGGGCGCUGUUGGGGGCUUGCUUGGCGCCUGGAUGACCUCUGGGCAGUUUCAGCCCAUCCCUCAGAUCAUCCUGGAACUGCCUCCCACGGAGCAGCAGCGGCUGUACGACAACGCCUACGCCAUCAUUGGGAAUUUAGACUGGACCGAUACAGCGCAGCUCAUAGCCCUGGUCAUGGGCAAUAGCGCCAUCCAAGACCAGCUUCUUUGCAUGCUGACGAGCUACAUCACCAACGAGCUUAGAGCCGAAAUCAAGUAUGAAAACUAGGGUCUGAUGUGAAAUUGAGCGUGCUUAAGUAGACUUCUCUCCCCCCCCUUCUUUUUUGGUAACGUGGAGAAUAUCUUAAAUCUGUUUGGAUCAAUGAUUUUCCCAUUGCAACUGGAGAUUGUGACACUCUUAACUUCUGUUCUUCAAACCAAUCUCAGAAUAGUGUUUCUAGUGGUUUGAUGAGCCUCUGCCUUUCUAUAUCGUUAUCAUCGCUCUGGCUGCUGUGGAUACCUCAGUUUCAGGCCUCGUGUCGACUCGCGAGAGCACAUGUGUACGCACAUAGAGAAUUAUGUUCACUGGAAGUUGACCACUUGUGGCUACUAGGACCGGCAAGUGCCUGCGGCAGUCCUGCGGUAGCUGGUUGUGUGUAUGUGUGUGUGUGUGUAUGUGUGUGGCAGUGUAGUGCUUCUCUAUCUGGCGUCCUAACUGAAUAAUGCUGACAAAGGGAUCAUCCUGGUUUAGAUGUCUCUGGUUAAAUGGAGCUCACAACAGAAUUCUGUUGGCAUGAAUGAAGCUCACUGUUAUUAUGGGAUAGGCCAUUCACACUGCACAAUGAAACACUUUGCCGUGUAAGCUGGGUGCAUCAGAGACAUCCCCAGAAGUCCGAAUCCACGGACACACCCACACAUGGGGGAAAAACUGGCAACCCUCCCAUUUGUUCUAUGGCACAGAGCACCUUCUUUGGUAAUGCUUCUUUGGUAACUAGCUAGCCAAGGCCAUUACCUUAAUAUAGGGGUUCGGCAAGCUUGCUCCCUUAUACCUUCAACCCACAUAGAUACAGGAUCCUAAGAACUGGAAGGGGCUCAGGGCAUCAUCCAGAGUGACCCCACCCCACCCUAUACCCACAACAACAUAUAUAGAGAUGGACAUCUCGCAUUGAUGCUGAAGGUGCUACUCUGCCACUAUGAGUAGUAGCUAUUGAUACCCCUCCAUUAAUUUAUCUAAUUCUUCUUUUUUUUUUGAUGGUCAUUGUUACAUCUCAUGGAAGUGAGUUCCACAGAUUAACU